CAUAAAACUGGUAUUCAUGCCAUUUGCAUAACACCUGCUGACUUCCUCUCUGCUUGUCCUCAGGACCAUGGGUCUGCAGACGCUGGGCCUGGCUUGGGCGCUGGCGCUGGCGCUACCCCACGGGGAGGGCACUGAGGGGGGCACCUGCCUGCCCGGAGGGAAGCAUAAGGCCCGGCCCAGUCCUGAGAGCAGCCUGGGACUCUGCCAGGCCUAUGCACACAAUGCCUGUUGCUCCCCAGAAACAGCUGCCGAGAUUUCCACUACAGGGGCCAGGGAUGUCGCCUGGGACUGCUGUGGCCCCCUCAGCUCCAGUUGUGCCAGGUACCUGCAACAACUUGAAUGUUUCUACCGCUGCUCACCUGGUGCUGCCCACUGGCUCCACCCUGAGCGCCCCGCAGCGCUGCAUCGAGCCCCCCUGUGUCGGGACUUCUGUCAGCAGUGGUACGAUGCCUGCCGGGAUGACCUGACCUGUGCUCGGGACUGGGUCCGUGACUGGCGCUGGGGCCCCGAGGGCAACAACUGCACAGGGGGCUGUACCCCCUAUAGCCAGAUGUACCGUGAUGGCCAGGACCUGUGUGAGACCAUCUGGGGAGAUGCUUUUGUGACUGAGGAUCCCCCCUGCCCCUGCCUGACCCCAGGGGCUCCAGGCCUGGAGAUGGCAGCAGUGGCAGGCAUGCCGUGCCCAGCACGGGUCAGGAGCCGGCGCACUGUCAUCGAGGAGGAUGUGGAAGGCAGCGGGAGCGGAUUCUAGGGCCCCUCCCUGCUUCCCCCAGGGGAAGACCCCACCCUGCACUAGGGGAACUGCUCGUGAUCUAUGCAACACCCCCCCCACCAGUGCCCCUACCCACUAGGCGCCGCUCCCCUCCCAGAGGUGGGAGAGAACCCCGGCAUCCUGGAUCCCAGCACCCCCUGCUCUAAACACCUUCUUUCCCAUGGAACCCAGGUGUCCAGACUUCCAGCUGUCCCUGCUCUAACCACCCCAGAGAACCCAGGCGUCCGGGGUCCCAGCCCCCCAGACCUGCUUUAAUACCUCAGCUCCAACUCUCAGAUUAGACCAGAGAGAGAACCCAAGUGUCCAGAGGGCCAGGUCGCCACUUCCCUGACCAGGGAACCCAGGAUUUUAUUUCCUCUGCUCUAAACCCUCAUCCCCUGCUCCCCACCCAAAGCAGAAAAAAAAACUCGGGCAUCUGGACUGCCAACAUGCUCUCUCCCCCCGAGC